GGAAGUACUUCAAAAUAUUAGGUGUGGAAGUGGGAAAAUUGCCGAGUGCUAUCUUUCAUACAGUAAAUCAGUAAACAAUCAUGUCUACUUUAGACGAUCUUACUGACCAAUUAGCCCAGACAAGGGUCAAUACCGAUUAUGAAUUAAGCUUUAAGGGAAAAGGAUUAAAGCUCAAUGCUCGAGAAGAUGGUAAAACAUAUCACAAAAGAUUGUUAGGCCUACUUACUACUGUUAAACUUUAAUGUUGAAGUUUGAUGAUAAUGAAUAUUCAAUGAUUAGGAUUUAGGAGGAUUAGGGGGGCUAAUUACUAACAAUUACGGUAAAUUUUAAGGACAAAUGCCACUUUUAUCGCAUUUCACGAAUGUAUCCUAAAUCAAUCCCUAUGCCUAACCUGAACCCUAAUCGAUCCCUAUGCCUAACCUGAACCCUAAAUCGAUACCUCAACUAACCUAAACCCUAAUUCACUGCAACUAUAAUAAUAAUAAACACACAAAAGACGCCAUGGCAUCCGUCCUUAAUUUUAGCCCUAAUUACGUCAAAGGCAGUGUCUAUACGUCCGGCGUGCCGGAUGUAUAUUUCCCACACUAUUUGUCCGGCGACCAAGUCACACGACGGCCGUAACAAAGUGGCAAGAGAUAUUUUGUCCAUCAGCCUUGUCACGUGACAGCGAAUGAUUCAAAACUAUUUUUAAUUUUAAAAUCUAUUUCUCUACCAAGUAAUGUACAUCUUGCAUGCAAAUAAUAGAAAAAAACUGAAGUGAAAGUGGCUUGUAAACAUUUUUGUUUAGUUUAUUUGAGUUUGUGUACCAGUAACCCAUAAUAUAAUUAGGGGCCAGUAUUCAGUAUGGAGUAGGCAACCAAUAAAAGUUAAAGAUUUUAAAUUGUAAAGUUAACAUUUUAAAUUGCUAAAAAUAUUUUAAAACUUCUAAUAAAACUACUGUUGCUGAUGAACAUGAUAAUAUAGAUAUAAUAUAAAAUAUUUUUAAUUAAAAUGGGGGGAAAAAGGGUUCCCAUGCGGGGAAUCGAUCCACAUAUAUAAUAGGCACUGGCCGGACGUCUAUCUCCCGCACUAUGUGUCCGGCGACCAAGUCACAUGACCGCCGUAACAAAGUGGCGAGAGAUAUCGUGUCGGUCAGCCUUGUCACGUGACUGCGAAUAAUUCAAAACUAUUGUUAAUUUUAAAAUCUAUUUCUCUACCAAGUAAUGUACUGAGUAUCUUGAAUGCAAAUAAUAGAAAAAGAAACUUAAGUGAAAGUGGCUUGUAAACAUUUUUGUUUAGUUUGUUAUUUUUUGUGUACCAGUAAUCCAUAAAAUAAAUUAGGGGCCAGUGUGGCAACCAAUAAAAGUUAAAGAUUUCAUUUUAAAUUAUUUCAAUUGCUACAAAAUAUUUAAAAACUUCUCAUGAAACUACUGUUGCUGAGGAACAUGAUAAUAUAAAUAUAUACAAAAUAUUUUAAUUAAAAUGGGAAGAAAAAAAACGACCCUAUCCCCGGUAUAGAUCCUCAAACAUUCCUAUCGUCAUGCAACCACUCUACCACAAGACCAGACAAGAUGUACUAAAUCGUACUUCGUUUGGAAUUAUAAAAACUACUAGCCGUCCGGCCAUGUCCGGCGGUCACGUGACAAGUCGCCGGACGUGUAUCUUGCGCACUACACGUCCGGCGCGCCGGACGUGUAGACACUUCGUAAUUACUAUUACUUGAAAGCCCACAUCUGGUGAUCUUGUUGUUCAAAAGAGUAUUUAUUUGAAUAGGUACUAGUUUAAGAAUAAUAAGAUUUAUAAAAACACUUAUUUCAUCUUUCUAUCUUUUAUAGAACUGGAAUUAUGAAUUUUUUGGUCUCAUUUUCAACGACCCUUAUAUAAGCUAUGGUCUAUAUUUAUUUGUAUGAGACCCUUAUAUAAGCUAUGGUCUAUAUUUAUUUGUAUGAGAUGAAGAAUUAAAAAUAUUCUGAAAUGAAAAGAAAAGGGGGAAAAAUAUUUUUUUUAAAUGUAUUCCAAAGGAAAAAGACAAUUCAUACAUUUGAAGACAUGAUACCCAAAAAAUAUUUAAUCAAUGGUGUUUUAAAUCUAACAUUGGUUACAUCUUGAGUGGUGCUCAAUUUCCUGUGGAAGGAAACAAACAUUGUGUGUUACAAUAGUUGUAGCAUCAAUACUGCCGGAAGGCAACAUAUUUUUCUUCUUUUUAACGGGCACUUCCACUGGCUGCAACAAAAGAUUUUGUAUUUUAUUCCAAUUAGUUUCAAUUCCUUUUUUAAAAAUAGAAAGCUUUUUUUACAAUCUUGACACAUAUACAGACCUGUUUAUUCUUACGAUUUAGGCAUGCCAUAUAUGAUUUUGAGAUGUAUACAUUAUAUAUACUGUAUUUUUAUUUUUUACUAUUAAGUUAAUGUAUUGAAUGAUUUUGUGACGAUUUUGUAAGAUUUUAAGAGUUUGACAUAGUUGCUAUCCUCUUGUUGGAAGGCCUCUAAGAGCAGAAACAGCAGCUUUCAUGCACUCUGUCUUGUUCGGUACACUAUUAUACAAAUAGAUAGCAUAGCCAUUUCUUUUCACACUUGCUGUUGCAUCCUGGGCAAAGCUUGCCAGAUACAGGUUAUAAUCCUCAAUAGUCUCUGACAUUUCUUGAAAUUACAAAGUGGGACAAAAAGAAAAAUUAAAACAAAAUAAAAUUAACAUUUGCAGACCAUUUUCAUUUAUUAACUACUCUUAUAACUAUAACUCUAUGUAAUUAUAUAGCAUAGUAUAAUUAUAAUGAAAACAACAAUAAUAUUUUAUAUUAUAUUUCAAUUAGAAUAUACUUAUAAUAUAAAUGAUUGUUCAUUUUGUUAAUAAAUUUACAAAUUCAAUAACAAUCCUAAUAAUAUAAUAAACAAUAAAUGAAUAAUAAUAAUAUUGAAUGUAGAAUAACUGACAAACCUACAGACAAACAUAAUUAGUAUUAUUAACUAAAACUAGUACUAUUACUUGCAUAAUUACUAUUACUUAGUAGCAUUACUAAGACUUACACUAAGUAUUUAGUAGUAUUAGUAUAAGGCAUUAGUGGCCUAAAGCAGUGGUUCCCAAACGUUCAAGUUUGGCGGACUGGUGAACAAGUUUCGAAAUUUUAGCACGGACCGGUGCAAGAUUUAUUUUUAUACUUGUAUUUCUAUUUGACAAUAAAUAUUUAUGUUAUGGGGAUCGGCAGCGUUCGGCAUGUGGACCAGUGAAGGUCCACGGACCGUCAUUUGGGGACCACUGGUCUAAAGGACUAAUUUUAUUUAAUGAAUUUUAAUUAAAAAAAUGACAGUAAAUUUAAUAUUUAUGAAUUUUUAGAUAUACAUUUGAAUAAUUUAUUUUAAAAUCUGUUUUGAUACACUUAAUGUUAGGUAAUUGUGUUUAUGUUAAAAACAAAGGUCCCUUGUUUUACUUUAGAUUAGUACGGCCACGAGGCUAUAUCUGGGGUAUGAUUUCAUUUCUUAAUUAAGUACUUUAAUUUAAUCUCACUCCACACUCACUCUAACAUUCAAUGACACUCUCACUAGUUCUCACUUUUAUCAAUACUAUAACUAUACUAAGAAACACAGGUGGUUCAGCCCACAAAUAAAUAUUUAAUUAUAAAACAGAAUCAACGACACACAUACACAGUCUUAAAAAAUGUUACAAUUGAAUGAAAUAAUUUUUUGUUGAAAACUUUCGUCUUAAAAUCUACAACUCUACCUAACCUGAAUCCUAAGUCAGUAUCCAUAACUCAAGCGUAAAUUCCCUCUCUAAAUUUAGUCUGGAUUAGCUUGCUCUAUGUAUAAUUGUUACCUAUAUGCGCUAUAAAAAAAACGUGCAUUCCAACUGUUCAGCCGAGAAGCGUAACUAACCUUUAACGAAUAAGAGAAACACCAACAUUCUUUCAUCAACCUAAUUAGUUUAAGCCCUGUGUUCAUUACAUAUUAUAUUUGCAGCUGCCGAUAUCGUUGAUGCCAUAAACAAAUGUGACAAUUUAACUGCACUUCGUUUAGAAGGCAACACCCUUGGAGUUGAUGCUGCUGAAGAAAUAGCAAAAGCACUGGGUCAGCACCCAGAAUUCAAGGUAUUUUAGGAUUUCUAUUUAAAAAAAUUAAAAGUAAGUAUAAUGGAAUGCUUCUUUGAUGGUUGGAAAUUUAUUAAAAAUCUUGUUUAUUCUGCUUAUUUGAAACUUUUGUCUAUCUGUUCAAUCACAAUCACUUAUUACUAACAUCUAAUUGCCUAACAUGUAAGUUGUCAUCUUCACAAGUUAUUAUUCCAUGUCAUCUACUACUGUCAAUAAAUAAAAGCCUGUGAACUAAACUGAAUGCUGUGGUUUGGAAGACUCUUACAUUAUGGCAUGAUAUUGAAAUCUCAAGAGUUUUGAUUGCAGAAUUUGUUUGACUUUCUUGUCUGCUGGAUCUUAUCACCAACCCAUCAAAGGCUUUGAGAAUGAACGGAGAAUUACCCUGUUUAUAAAUAGUUAUGUAGCUCUCAGUCUCGAAUUAAACGGUUUCCAGAUUUGAAACUGCUUCAAGAUUUGUAAAAGUUUCAAUACUUUUAAAAUGAUAGGCAUUAAUUGACACUAAUCUUAUUAAAAUUAUCUUUGUCAUUGGAUUAUGGAGACUGAAAACUUCAAAUAUUGUAACAGUUGCAUUUGGUUUGAGUGUUUCAUUAAAUGUAAGGAAUCUAAAUAGCAACUGAAUUUUUUUUUAAAUUGUGCCCAUUUAUGUAACAAGUUUCUAAUUGAAAUGUUGACCCUGUAUUUUUUCAGCGGGCUUUGUGGAGUGACAUGUUCACAGGGAGGUUAAAAACAGAAAUACCUCUUGCUUUGGUCAGUAGUUUUAUCCUUCACAUUAAUAACAUACAUUUUCCAUCUAUUUAAUUCAUGUAAAAAAACUCUGUUAAAAAGGAGUGAGUUUCAGCUCUAUAAAAUUUGCUAAAUUAAAAUUUGAACUAAUAAAGAUUAAUAGGAUCAAACUUCCCUGCAUUAAAUAGCUGCUGAAAGGAAUGUCAAAAUCAACAGGAGGCUGAAGAAUAAAAAAUGUGUAUUACAUUGUUAUUAUUAUAACCAUUACUAAUUGAAUACUUUUUUUCCUUAGAAACACUUGGGUGCAUCCAUUAUUGCAGCUGGGUGCCAUUUGGUUGAAAUUGAUUUAAGUGACAAUGCCUUUGGUCCUAACGGUGUUGUUGGACUGGUGGAUUUGUUAAAAAGUGCAAGCUGCUACAGUUUGAAAGAACUGAAAUUAAAUAACAACGGCCUAGGGAUAGGAGGAGGAAAGGUCAAGGCAUUUUUUAAUUUGAUUCCUUUUAAACAUUAUUUUUAUUUAGUGUAUAAGUAGAAUAUAAUAUGUCUUAAUAGGCAAUUAAUUUUUCUUACAAAUCCUUUACCUAUUAAUCAUUCUACCCUGGGAUAAUACUAUAGAUCCACUAUAGAUGUGUGGGACAGUUAUUCUAUGGCUUCCUUUAGAGUCGGCAAUAAAUCUGCUUUUCAUUGGUUGAUUCAUAUUUCUAAAUUUCAGAUGUUGGCCGAAUGUCUUACAGAGUGUCAUAAAAGCAGCCUUAAAGCUGGUAGACCACUUGCCCUUCGUGUGUUUAUUUCUGGCAGAAAUAGAUUAGAGAAUGAGGGAGCCACAGCACUAGCAGGUGCUUUUAAGGUACAUUAAAUGUAGUGAAAGAAUAUAGGGGGGGGGGGGGGCGGGGCUUACUUAAAUGUGGAGAUAAUUUAGUUACAAUUUAAAUGUAAGCUUUUCUGAAUCUCAUUGAUUUACAAUGUCAUUGCAGGCUAUUGGAACUCUAGAAUUUUUAGCUAUGCCACAGAAUGGAAUAAAUCACCAGGGCAUAUCAGCGUUGGCAGAAGCUAUUGCGGCCAAUCCCAAGUUAAAACAUUUAAAUCUCAAUGACAACACAUUCACUGCCAAAGGUGCCGAGGCGAUAGCCAAGGUCAGUUCUGUAAUUAUUCAAAGUUUUAUAAUUGUUGAUACUGGCAAGGUGAGAUGUCACCACAAGGACCAAUAUUCAUAUUUUUUAACUAUACAUGUUAUUAAAAAAUGUCUUUUAAAUGUUGCAGAUAUAUUCUAAAUGUACACUUGUUUGUAGAGCUUCUAUUACUUAAAAUUGUUAUGGAAUAAUAUAUUUUAUUUUUCUUGUCAACGAUUUAUUUCAAUAUUUAGGCCUUGCCAAGGUUAGAAGACUUAGAGGUCAUAAACUUUGGUGAUUGUUUAAUCAGGACAGAGGGAGCCAAGGCUGUGGCUAAUGUAUUAAGAAACAGUCAUACAAAUUUGAAGGUACUCUUCAUUGCAUUACUUUAGAAAAAUUAUUUCUUUGCAUCCAUGGUGAAGUAUGACAAAUACACCAUCACCACACCCCCACCCCAUAAAUAUAUUAUCACACCAGAAUAAAUCUCCACAUUAAAUAAUGACAUAUAUAGUUGUAUGUAUGUAUUUUUUUUUAUACAGGAGUUAAUACUAAGUGGCAAUGAAAUCAGCAAAUCAGGAGCUAUUGAAAUUGUGGAGAGUUUGGAAGAAAAGAAAUCGCUUCAGAAAUUAGACUUAGAUGGUAAGAAAGUUAAUGCAUGUUAAAUUUAAGACGAAAAAAUCCUAACAAUUUAAAAAAUUUAGAAUUCAAAUAUUUAUGUGCUUAUUUUCUCUUAGAUAUGAUGAGAAUCCUUUGACUUAGACUCAUAUGCACUUGACCAUUUAACUUAUAUUUCCUGCGCACUCAAGGAUUUUUAAAACAGAUUUACUGUCACAUAAAAAGCAACAGAUUUGAACACAAAUGUACUUUUCAAUACAUCAGGUUAAGUUGAAUAACUUUUAAAUGAUUUAAUUCAAGUUUAUGGGUUUCAAAAACUACAGCAGGUCUUUUUGAGCUUUUCACGAUUACAGUUUUAAGAAAUUUUAUAGUUUAUAUAUAUAUUUAUUUAUGUUUAUUGUUUUGUUCUUUGUGGUUAGAUUGAGAAAUUUCUGUAUAAAUUUUUUUGACAGCCAAUAACUUUGGUGAAGAAGGUUGUGAAGACAUCAAAUCUUUGAUAGAGUCUAUUGGCCUUCAAGAAGCCUUGGGUUCAUUAAGGUAAGGGCUUGAUAGUCUAUUGACCUUCAAGAAGCCCUGGGUUCAUUAAGGUAAUGACUUGUUAGAGUCUAUUGGCCUUCAAGAAGCCUUGGGUUCAUUAAGGUAAGGACUUGUUAGAGUUUAUUGGCCUUCAAGAAGCCUUAGGUUCAUUAAGGUAAUGACUUGUUAGAGUCUAUUUGCCUUCAAGAAGCCUUGGGUUCAUUAAGGUAAGGACUUGUUAGAGUCUAUUUGCCUUCAAGAAGCCUUGGGUUCAUUAAGGUAAGGACUUGUUAGAGUCUAUUGGCCUUCAAGAAGCCUUGGGUUCAUUAAGGUAAGGACUUGUUAGAGUCUAUUUGCCUUCAAGAAGCCUUGGGUUCAUUAAGGUAAGGACUUGUUAGAGUUUAUUGGCCUUCAAGAAGCCUUGGGUUCAUUAAGGUAAGGACUUGUUAGAGUUUAUUGGCCUUCAAGAAGCCUUGGGUUCAUUAAGGUAAGGACUUGUUAGAGUCUAUUUGCCUAUGCCUUGGGUUCAUUAAGGUAAGGACUUGUUAGAGUUUAUUGGCCUUCAAGAAGCCUUGGGUUCAUUAAGGUAAGGACUUGUUUUCUUUCAUCUCAACAGUUGGCUAAUCCAAACAACUUGUGAUGUUUCUUUUUAAAAUAAUGAACCAUUACAGACAGACCUGUGAGAUGGUUGAACUAUUACAGACAGACCUGUGAGAUAGUUGAACUAUUACAGACAGACCUGUGAGAUAGUUGAACUAUUACAGACAGACCUGUGAGAUAGUUGAACUAUUACAGACAGACCUGUGAGAUGGUUGAACUAUUACAGACAGACCUGUGAGAUAGUUGAACUGUUACAGACAGACCUGUGAGAUAGUUGAACUAUUACAGACAGACCUGUGAGAUGGUUGAACUAUUACAGACAGACCUGUGAGAUAGUUGAACUAUUACAGACAGACCUGUGAGCUAGUUGAACUAUUACAGACAGACCUGUGAGAUAGUUGAACUAUUACAGACAGACCUGUGAGAUGGUUGAACUAUUACAGACAGACCUGUGAGAUAGUUGAACUAUUACAGACAGACCUGUGAGCUAGUUGAACUAUUACAGACAGACCUGUGAGCUAGUUGAACUAUUGCAGACAGAACUGUGACGGGUAUAUCAUCCAGCUUAUUUCAACUUCACAGACGUGUAUUGCUUGGUCAUUAUUACAAACAUCACAAGUAAAAAAAAUUGUACACUAUAAAAAAAUAUUUCAAAACAAACUUUACUCUUUAGCUUUUCACCUGAUGCUAAUAACUAAUUAUCUAAAAUGAGAGAAUGGUCAUCAUUGAAAUGACUUGUUAUAUGUUUAGAAGUCUUUUUUUUGUGCUUCCUUUGAAUACCUUUUGCACAACAAGGUUGUCCAAUUUUAAGGCAUGCUGGUUUGUCAGCCUACUGGUUUGUAAAUCGAAAAUAAUUCAUUGUUAAAACUUGUCGUAGAUUGACAAUAGGGUACAAUAAGAUACUUGAAAGAACUUAGUGCUGAAAAUUUUCAUGGAAGAAUCUUUUUUGUAUGCAUAUCUUUUUAACAAAAAAUGAAAAUUAACAAAGAAAAGCCAAAAGAUAUUAGAGAGUUUAGGUAAUCCAUGCUGUCCAUAAUUUAACUGAAUUUAUGAAAGCUUUAAAGAAAAUACUUUGAACGAUUUUUUUUCAUUACCUUAAUUAAGCUUGCUAGGUUUUACACAUGGUGUUUAGAGGCCCAUGCUCUUACUAAAUUGUUCAUAAAGCCUUUUUUAAUUUGUCUCUCCUAGUGGCGAUGAAGGAUCAGAGGAUGAGGAAGGUGAAGAUGACGAAGAAGAAGAUGAAGAGGUAUAUUCUUUUACACCUUUCGAUUUUUAGUUCAAGAGAAAAAUAUUCACCAGAUAAUAAUAGUUUGGAAUAAAUCUGUCAAUAAUGGUGUCACAGCAUGAAUUUUCGAGUGCUAGGCCCUGCUAGAUAUUAGCUUACUUCAACUAAUAAUAUUUAGAAAUGGAAUUUUUUAAAAUUGAUGACAAAAUGCAAAAUAAAUGAGCUCACAAUUAUAAUGAACUGACAAAUAGAUAAAUGUAUGUAAAAUACAAACAACAGAAUUGAACCCUUAUCUAGAAAUAGUAAUAGUUUGGAAUAAAUCUGUCAAUAAUGGUGUCACAGCAUGAAUUUUCGAGUGCUAGGCCCUGCUAAGCAGACCUGCUUACACUAACCCUGCUACAUUGAUUUGUGAGGAACCAGUUUUGGAUUCCAAGUCCUGAUCCAUAAUUCAGCUUGAAAACACUGUCAAAAUAUAUUGCCAAUCCAACAGUGAAACACUGGAUAAGAUCAGUUUUAUUAAUGGGCACAAUGACAUUAGCUUUGUAACUGGCCCACCACCAUUCAUUAGUAGCAAGCCAAUUUACAUUUACUUAUGUCAGAAGCCAAGUGGUAGCCUCAUCAGGUAUUACCGAUGAUAACAUUCUAGCUAUGCUUCCAAUUCUAUGUUGGAGUGAUGUCAUUAGGGGGCACAAAUUGACAAAUUAGAGACUCUGUUAGAAAUUCAUAUGCUAAUUAUUCCAUUUUUUUAUUUAAUGAUUGUAUGUCCCUUUAAAACGUAACUAAAAAAUACAAAAUGUCUUGUUACUAGCCUGGUACCCUCAGUCCAUUAAGGGUAACAAUUUAAUCCAUGUUACUAGCCUGGUACCCUCAGUCCAUUAAGGGUAACAAUUUAAUCCAUAUAUUAUCUGCAGUCCAGCUACUUUAUGAAGCUCAUGAUGCAUCUCUCUCACUGACACUCGAAUUAGACUUUCUCAUUGAAUGCAUUAAUUUAAGCUGUGUAACAAGCUAUUAUCAAAACAGGGUGAGGAGUGGAAGUUUCUCCAAGUUAUUUUUGUAAAGAAAGGUUUUGUGAAUGUCUACAUUUAUUUAUUUACAGCAUCUGCUGGUGUUCGUUGUUCAAUACAUUUGAAAUUCUUGAGCAAUAAAUGCAUUGGGCAGGGUUCAUUCCUCUGGGCUUAGUUUUAUUCACUGAGCAGAGUUCAGUCCACUUAUCAAAGUUUCAUGACUUUCUGACACCCAUUGAUUAAAAGUUGCUACUAAUUUUAAUGUAUUUUAUUUGUUAAGGAACCUGAAGAUGAUGACGAGGGACAAUUAAACAAUGAUGUGAAUCUUCAAGUGAAAGGAGUGGCCCUUACACCAAAGAAGCCAGUAAGUAGAGAAAUAUCUAGUAUUAUACCAAAGCCAGUAAGUAGAGAAAUAUCUAGUAUUAUACCAAAGCCAGUAAGUAGAGAAAUGUCUAGUAUUAUACCAAAGCCAGUAAGUAGAGAAAUGUCUAGUAUUAUACCAAAGCCAGUAAGUAGAGAAAUAUCUAGUAUUAUACCAAAGCCAGUAAGUAGAGAAAUAUCUAGUAUUAUACCAAAGCCAGUAAGUAGAGAAAUAUCUAGUAUUAUACCAAAGCCAGUAAGUAGAGAAAUAUCUAGUAUUAUACCAAAGCCAGUAAGUAGAGAAAUAUCUAGUAUUAUACCAAAGCCAGUAAGUAGAGAAAUGUCUAGUAUUAUACCAAAGCCAGUAAGUAGAGAAAUAUCUAGUAUUAUACCAAAGCCAGUAAGUAGAGAAAUGUCUAGUAUUAUACCAAAGCCAGUAAGCAGAGAAAUAUCUAGUAUUAUACCAAAGCCAGUAAGUAGAGAAAUGUCUAGUAUUAUACCAAAGCCGGUAAGUGGAGAAAUAUCUUAGUAUUAAACCAAAGCCAGUAAUUAGAGAAAUAUCUAGUAUUAAACCAAAGCCAGUAAGUAGAGAAAUAUCUAGUAUUACUCGUAAAAGUUAUUAAUUUUUAAUGCUUAAAGUUUGAGCCAUGGUUUCUUACCUGCGUGAUCUAUCCUAGUUGUUUGUUAUAUCCUAGGUGUUUGUUCUAUCCUAGUUGUUUAUUUUCCCCAUGUCAAAGUGGUUUCAGGGUUUAAGAAUAUACUGAUACAAGUUCACUUGAAAUGUUAUGGUUUAAAUGCAUGAAAUAAAUGGUUGUUUUUUUAAAAAUUAAAUGUUAACCAAUUAAGUAAAAAAUCCACUAAGCUUGUCCAUUUUACUUCAACAAUUUCUAAUGCAAGAUGAAAAUUUGUCAGAGAACAUAAGCUUAAAAAAAAAGAAUUUCUUAAGCAAUAAAUCCUUAAGAAUGGUUGAACACUCAAUCUUUUUCUCUUUGUCAUUUCCAGGAGCCUGCUCCUGAUGAUUUGACAGCUGAGAUGGGCAAGCUUAGUCUCUCAUGAUAUGUGACGCAUGCAACAUAUUAGACCAUUUAUUUAGUUUGUUUAUAAAAAUAUCCCUGUCAGCUUGAUACAUUCGACACCAAUUGUCUCACAUUACUAGUUUUUUCAAGUUUUUGAAAUAUAGAUAUAGAUUUAUAUAGCUUAUUACAUUAAAAUUAAUAAAAUGAAAGGGAAUUCUUACUCCCCUUGUUUAAGUGUUUUAAAGAACCCUAAACAAAAAAAAAUCAUUGAAUAUAAUGCUUUUUGAUAUUGUGUACCUUGAUAUUGCUACAACGUUCUCUUGGAAUCAAUUUAAUCCGGUUUAUUACUGAUAAGAUAGAAUCUCUUUAAAGCUAGUCAUUAUCAUUACCCCUUUUAAAUAACUCAUGGUCUUUUUUCGUUCUUUGAGAAUAUAAAUAAAUGGAUUUAUUUAACUACAUUUCAGUAAUUUUUGUUUCUUUGUACUCAAUUUAACAAAAAUGAUCUUUCAAAUUUGUAAUGGCCAAAAAUUUCACUGUUAGUUUUUAUGACAUCUUCACCUUUUAAUCCCAUUAAAUUCAUAUUUUUAAUCCCAUUAAAUUCAUAUUUUUAAUCCCAUUAAAUUCAUAGUAUAAUUUUUUAAGAACCUAAUUUUUACAAAUAAAGUUGAUUGCGACAGUUUUUAAAAAUCUUAUAUUGUCCUAACAUUUUAACUUUAAAAUAGAAAUCAAUCUCUUGAUUAUGGUGUGAGUUGUUGAUAUAAUUUAGGCAAUGACCAACUUGAGUGCUUACUUAGAUCAUUUAGGCAAUGACCAACUUGAGUGCUUACUUAGAUCAUUUAGGCAAUGACCAACUUGAGUGCUUACUUAGAUCAUUUAGGCAAUGACCAACUUGAGUGCUUACUUAGAUCAUUUAGGCAAUGACCAACUUGAGUGCUUACAAAGGGGUUUUUUUGUCUGUAAAAUGUAAUACUUUUUAUUGGUCUCAAUAUUUCUAAAGUUAUUUGUUUUUAAAAUUAUUCUUAUGCAAAAAACCUUGCUUUUGUUUAGCAUGAUGCAAAGCCUGUAAUGACCACUAAAUGUCUCAGUUCAUUUCAGUUGUUUUCUCUGUAAUUCCCUGGUCAAAUGUUGUACACAUAUUUUAUACGGGCAAAUUUUUUUUUUACAUAAAUCAUUUGAAAUUAUUCCCCAAUGCAAUUUUAUACAGUUUCUCCAUCCAAAUUUUCUAUAUUCUUUUAACAUUGAUUAGCAAUCAAUUAUUAUGCAUACAUUAUAUCAAUUCUGGCUACCUAUUUCUGUUUGUCUUUUUAUGAGCUAUACAUUUGUUGACAUGUUACUUUGGAUCACCUUUGAGUGUGUCUUGGCAAUAAAUAGGUGAACACAAUGAGCUCAUAGUUUUCUGGGUUUUUCUUUUGUUUUUUUAAUCAAAUAGUUUUUGAGCUGGCAUCAUGCAAGAAGUUUUCAAAAAACAAUUUAGAAAUCAAACAAGUAAACUCCUUGUUAACUGUUUUUAAAUAUAACCCAAAGCUGUGAACCCAAUGAUGGGACAUUUCUUCAUAAAAAUGGUCCAAAUAAAAAAAAAAAUUAUUUUUUUGUGUCCAACUUUUUAAAAUGGAUAUUGAAUUACAUUCCUAUGGCGUUAAGCAAAAGGUGAAUGUAAUAUUAGUAAUAAACAUGUAUGCUUCUCUGGCCACCUCCAGUCUGGUGUAAUAAAUGUAGAUGCUUCUCUGGCCACCUCCAGUCUGGUGUAAUAAAUGUAGAUGCUUCUCUGGCCACCUCUAGUCUGGUGUAAUAAAUGUAGAUGCUUAUCUGGCCAUCUCAAGUGUGGGUGAUUAUUAUUAGCCCAUUUAACACAGAAAAUAACAGUUACUGAGAAAAUCAAAAUUUUGGAAGGGCUGCACUCAAGAAUUAAAAUAUGAAAAUGUUUUCUUUGCAUACAAUAUUAAAAUUGUUAAAUUUCAAUGAAGUUUUCAUUCAUUUAAUAGAAUGGCCACAUACAACAUCUGAUAGAUAAUCCUAUUGGCAUGAGCAUUAGACAAGAAAACAAGUUAAACAUUUGAUACAUUCUUUAUUUUCUUCCUAAAUGCCACAUUUGGAAAAUUGAGCUUCAAGUUGUCCGCAAAAAUUUUCACUUUCCAAAGUUUAAUUUUGCCUUUGUAUGAUAGCAGUGCAAACAAGUUACACCAACUUCUGGGUUGUAACCCAAAAUAUUGCUCAGCAUAGCUCUAACUGGGUCAGAACUGAGAUAUUGCUCAGCACAGCUCUAACUGGGUCAGAACUGAUAUAUUGCUCAGCAUAGCUCUAACUGGGUCAGAACUGAGAUAUUGCUCAGCACAGUUCUAACUGGGUCAGACCUGAGAUAUUGCUCAGCACGGUUCUACUUGGUCAGAGCUGAGAUAUUGCUCAACAUAGCUCUAACUGGGUCAGAACUGAGAUAUUGCUCAGCACAGUUCUAACUGGGUCAGAACUUAGAUAUUGCUCAGCACAGUUCUAGCAACUAGUAGAUUAAAAGUGGAGUUACCAAGUGUAGUAAAUAGUACAUUAAAAGUGGAGUUACCAAGCUUAGCAACUAGUACAUUAAAAGUGGAGUUACCAAGCUUAGCAACUAGUACAUUAAAAGUGGAGUUACCAAGCUUAGCAACUUGUCAAGUGAAUUAUGUUUUGGGAGCUUAUGAACUUUUUGCACUGAACUUCUCUUUUUUCCUGUUUUUAAAAUGUUAGGUAUGCUGCUGUAUUAUCCCUUUGUAUGCACGGACCUUUUUCAACUGUGUGCACAGACCUUUUUCAACUGUGUGCACAGACCUUUUUCAACUGUGUGCACCAUUAUGUCGUGUGCACAGACCUUUUUCAACUGUGCACCUCUAUGGCAUUGUGUGCACAGUCCUUUUUCAACUGUGUGCACCUUUAUAUCCUUGUGUGCACCUUUAUAUCCUUGUGUGCACCUUUAUAUCCUUGUGUGCACCUUUAUGUCCUUGUGUGCACCUUUAUGUCCUUGUGUGCACCUUUAUGUCCUUGUGUGCACCUUUAUGUCCUUGUGUGCACCUUUAUGUCCUUGUGUGCACCUUUAUGUCCUUGUGUGCACCUUAAUGUCCUUGUGUGCACAUUUUCUCCCUUGUGUGCACCUUUAAGCCCUUGUGUGCACCUUUAUACCCUUGUAUGCACCUUUAUGCCCUUGUGUGCACCUUUAUACCCUUGUGUGCACCUUUAUGCCAUUGUGUGCACAUUUAUGCCCUUUUGUCCACCUUUAUGCCCUUGUGUGCAUGCCCAAAGCUUACAGGAAACAUUACCCACGUCCAAGAACUACAAAUGGGAUGCAGAAUAUUUUAGGUUAACCUUACAAAGAGAAGUAUCUAAUUCAACUCUAUUUUCUCAAUCUAAGCAAUAAAUGACAGAAGAUCCUCAGUAUAGAAUACUCAAGUUAACUGUUAACCCCAAUAGUUCCUUUUGGUAGUGGGGAAUCCAUUCUUAGUGGAUUUUAAAUGUAUAAACUGUUAAAAAAAAACUUUAGGAUAACAUUCAUGCUAUUUUCAUGUUACUGAAAAAUGUGGACAUAACAGCUUCAUCCCUGGGACCAGCUGUUUAUGAAAGCUACCAGACAUGUGGACAUAAACAGCUUCAUCCCUGUGACCGGCUAUUUAUUGCUGCUACCAACAUGUCGACAGCUUUGUUUCUUAUCUAACAAAUUUUAUAAGAUGUUAAUAAUGGUGUCAGUAAAUGCAGUCAUUGGGUUUAAACCAGUGAGUGAAAGAUUAUGCUCCAUAAGGAUUAGAGGAAAAGUGUUUAACAUCACGUUAAUCUGCGCUCAUGCUCCAACGGAUGAUACAGAUGAAAGCAUGAAGGAAACUUUCUACGAAACACUGGAAGGAGUAUUUGAUGAGAGGCUCCACAACAUGAUAUCAAAAUAGUCCUUGGCGAUUUCAAUGCAAAAAUUGGGAAAUAACUAGUCUACAGACCAACAAUCGGAAAGGAAAGUAUGCAUGAUGAGAGCAAUGACAACGGGACACGUCUUAUAGACUUCGCCUCUGGAAAAGGAAUGAUAAUCAGUAUCAGAGUAUUCCAACAUAAACAAAUACAUAAAGCGACAUGGAUAUCUCCAGAUGGAUUUACCCGUAAUCAAAUAGACCACGUACUCAUCGACCAGAGGCAUGGCUCGGACAUAUCAGAUGUGAAAAGUUGUAGAGGGGCGGACAUAGACUCAGACCACAUGCUUGUUAGAAUCAAAUAUAAGCAAAGAAUCUGUAACAUCCACAAUAAACAAAAUAAAAGAGAAAAACAGUACAAUAGUCAGAUACUGAGUAGGGACCCAAAAAUUACUGAGGAAUAUCAACAGAAGAUUGAAACUCAACUAGAAUUAUCCAAAAGAGAAUCAGCCAGCAACGUUGAUAUAAACCAGCAAUGGAAAAAGAUGAGGCAAAUAGUCACAAGUGUAACAGAGGAAACGAUUGGAUUUAAACCAGCAGUGAAAAGAACAGGAUGGUGUGACGCAGAAUGCAAAGAACUUAUAGAACAAAGAAACAAAGCUCGACUAAUGAUGCUGCAAAGGGAAACAAGAAGAACACGACAAUUAUAUAAUGAAGCAAGAAGGGUGGCCAGCAAAAUUUGCAGAAAGAAAAAACGUGUUUGGGAAAAAUAAAAAAUAGUAGAGAUAGAAGAGUUGGCAAAAGAAAGAGAUGUGAGGGGAAUGUACCUGAAGAUAAAGCAGGAAAAGAAUGGCUUUCAAGCAAGAUCCCACAUGUGUGAAAGCACGGAUGGAGAAUUGAUCACAGAGAGCAGUAGAGUACUAGAGAGAUGGGCACAACACUUUGAAGACCUACUGAAUGGCUUAGGUGGAGGAACCAAUGAGGAUUACGCCCCGCCACAUGGAGGACCGGACCCACUGGUCAACCAACCAGCAUUAAAUGAAAUAAAAGAUGUAAUCUCCACCAUGAAAAAUAAAAAAGCCCCAGGAAUAGACCUUACCCCUACAGAACUGAUAAAGCUAUGUGGUAGCGAACUGCAUAGGCAAAUACACGAACUUAUAACCAGAAUCUGGCAGGAGGAAGAAAUGCCAACUGAAUGGGACACAGCACUCAUAAUCCCAAUCCACAAAAAGGGAUCUAAGCUGAUAUGCUCAAACUAUAGAGGUAUCUCCCUUCUUAAUGUACAAAAUCCUCACAAAACUUAUAGCGAGAAAAUUGGAAAAGUUCAGUGAACAGAUCCUAGGGGACUAUCAAUGUGGAUUCCGGCAGAAUAGGUCAACCACGGAUCAUAUUUUUACUAUAAGAUAUCUCCUGGAGAAAUGCUACGAAUAUAACAUCGACAUACACCAACUAUAUGUGGAUUACAAAACAGCAUACGAUAGUGUAAACAGGAAUUACUUAUACAAUGCUCUACAAGAACUUGGAGUCCCUAACAAGCUUACUCGGCUCAUACACAUGACAAUGGCCAACUCCAAAAGCAGAAUCAAGAUUCAGGGAGAAUAUUCUAGGGAGUUCAUAGUUAAUCGGGGCCUCAGACAAGGAGACUCACUAUCAUGUAUCCUGUUUAACAUCACGCUAGAAAAAGUUAUUAGAAGCAUUCACAUUAGCACCAGUGGAACCAUAACAAACUAUUUCCAGAGAGAUACUACAGAGCAACGACCAUCAGGAACCUUAUAUAGCCAACCAUUGCAUUACCUGGCAUAUGCAGAUGAUAUAGCACUACUGGGUAAAAACCGUAAUGACAUAAUUAAAGCAUUCAGGGAACUUGAAAAUGCCUCAUUCAAAGCUGGCCUUGAUAUAAAUGAACCGAAGACAAAGUAUAUGAUAAUGUCAAGAAACUCCCAUGCUGAUGAUAGCAUCAAUAUAAACAACCACAAAUUUGAGAGAGUGGACACAUUCAAAUAUCUAGGGGCAACUAUAAAUGAGCACAAUGAGAUAAUGACAGAGGUGAAAGAAAGGAUAACAGCAGGCAACCGUUCCUAUUUCAGUCUACAAAAGCUACUGAGAAACAAAAACUUAUCAAGGGGAACAAAGAAGACAAUAUACACCACCAUCAUAAGACCUGUAGUAACGUACGCUAGUGAGACCUGGACCCUCACCAGAAAAGCAGAGAACCUGCUCAACACAUGGGAGAGGAAAAUCCUGCGCAAAAUAUAUGGACCAGGACCAGUGUUAGAAAAUGAUACCUGGAGAAUACGUACAAACCAAGAACUUUACGAUUUGUACAAAGAACUACCCAUAGUCACAAUGAUAAAAAAAGGCAGAAUAAGCUGGGCAGGUCAUGUUGAAAGGAUGCCGGAAUGCAGAGCAGCCAAAAUAAUAUACAGGCAGAAGCCUAGGGGCAGACGACUCAUCGGUCGCCCAAGGAUGAGGUGGAUUGAUGAUGUGGAGACAGAUUUACACCAGUUGGGGGUUCGAGCAUGGAGACGAAAAGCCAUGGAUCGCUCCGAAUGGAAGGAUGUGGUGGAGCAGGCCAGGGCCCUACAUGGGCUGUAGUGCCAUUGAUGAUGAUGAAUUAUUGUGUCAUAUUUGUUUUAAUCACUUUAUAAACAUAAAUCUGGGCCGUCUGCUGACCCUACUACAUGGCAUAAUAUGUAUGGAUGACUCAAACAUUUUUCUACCUUUUUUGUAUUUGUUGUCAUUGUUUGUACGUACCUGCUUUGUAAUCGAUCUUUUUCUUUUCUUUUCAGGCAAUCACGGCCAAAGAAUUUCUGGCCUUCCCAUCACCAACAAAAUUACUUCAGCUUGGUCACAAUGGAGUAGAUGAAUUAAUACAAGAGUUGGGGGUAUGUCAUUCUAUAAAUUGUACUAAUAGAAGAGUUGGUUUGGGGGUAUGUAAAUACCAAACAUGGUACUGUUAAAGAUUUGUGAGUAUGUCAUUCUAUAUAUUUUACUAAUACAGAAGUAGGGAGUAUGUCAUUGUAUACCUUGUAGGGGCUUUCAAACAUUGUCAAUUUGUGUUUACAUAUUUCAUCAAUAAGUGAAUUGGCAUUAUGUUAUGUUUAUCAUGCAGUUAGCAUGAUGUUCUAUGUUUAUCCUAUGGCGUUUUAUAUCUCAUGUGAUAGAUUAAAUUAGCUGCAGUACGCUAUAAACUAGUAAGUUAGAUUUUUAAAAUGUAGCUCACGCUGUUUACCUGUUUCAUAAUACUUGUAUGAAACUAGACCAGUGCUUUUAAUAAUACGUGUAUGAAAGUGGACCGGUGCUUUUAAUAAUACUUGUAUGAAACUAGACCGGUGCUUUUAAUAAUACUUGUAUGAAACUAGACCGGUGCUUUUAAUAAUACUUGUAUGAAACUAGACCGGUGCUUUUAAUAAUACUUGUAUGAAACUAGACCGGUGCUUUUAAUAAUACUUGUAUGAAACUAGACCGGUGCUUUUAAUAAUACUUGUAUGAAACUAGACCGGUGCUUUUAAUAAUACUUGUAUGAAACUAGACCGGUGCUUUUAAUAAUACUUGUAUGAAACUAGACCGGUGCUUUUAAUAAUACUUGUAUGAAACUAGACCGGUGCUUUUAAUAAUACUUGUAUGAAACUAGACCGGUGCUUUUAAUAAUACUUGUAUGAAACUAGACCGGAGCUUUUAAUAAUACUUGUAUGAAACUAGACCGGUGCUUUUAAUAAUACUUGUAUGAAAGUAGACUGGUGCUUUUAAUGUGCUUUUAAUAAUACUUGUAUGAAACUAGACCAAUGACUUAAAAAAAUACUUCUGUUAUCCCACAAAUAUCAACCUUUUUCUCCAGCUCUGUCUGCCAGUUCAAAUGAGGCUGUGAACUGACAGCAAUAAUUUCAUGUUUCUGAAAAAGUUGGCAUGAAACAAAAUUGUUUUUAUGAGAGUUUUUGCUCUUCUUUAUUGCCGUAGAGAAAACACAGUUAGGAUUAAAGUAUUGAUUAAUAUGAAUACAGUAGUUGGUCAGUUUGAAGAUUGAAGGUCCCUGGUGUUGGCUGCACACACCAUAGUCUUUUUUUUUUGUUUCCUUUAAUUCAACUUUUCAAGCAUGUUCAAACACAUAUCUCUCUAUUUUUUGUAUGGUUUUAUGGUUCUUUCUAACAGUUAAUUAGCAAGAUCUGGCUUAAGCUUUUUCUAGUUCCUCAAAGCUUUUGUACCAUAUCUAGGCAACAUAUGUGUAAUGUAUCAUAAAUGUGUGGGUUAUGAUGUCACUUAUAGAGUUGUAGUUAUUGCUUACACUAUUGAUCCACAUCUACAUACGUCCAUAUUUAUCCAAACAAGUAUCAGAGAACUCAUUGAAUUAGCACCACGACGUUUAUUAACUGAUCAACGUACACAUAAUAAAAUAAUAUCUCUGUAGAUCAAAGCAAAGAGAAAUGUGACAUAUAACUUCUUCCACUUCACAAAAUCAACAUUAAGAUGCUGUUUAAUAACUAGAUGAUCGUGGCAAGAGCUAAUAAAAAAGCUCCAACUGUUACUGUCGAUUCUUCUCUAUCCCAUCAUUCCUUAACUUCCUGUUUUUUUUUACUUAACAAAACAGUACAUUAUUUUACAAAACAAAAUUGAUAUCUAAAUAUUUGAUCUGUGACAAUAUGCAUUAGGGUUGUCACAUCUUUGCAUUAGGGUUGUCACAUCUUUGCAUUAGGGUUGUCACAUCUUUCCCUAACUCACUUUAUAUUUCGAAUGACUAAAUCAGUUUUCCUGUAACUGUGGGACCAUAGGGCCUUUUUACAAAUAAUUUGUGUGUGUUUUCUUUCAAAGGAGGAUGGCAAAGAUGUUGAUAAAGUUGUUGGAAUGAUUAUGAAGGUAAUAAAUAUAAUCACUUUUUGUUAUACAAGUUUUAAAGAAGCUUAUUAAAUCCUAAUCAGAUCAAAAUAAUCAUAAGAUAAAAGCAAUGCCGUAGUUGUAGCACAAAGAUUCAACAUAAUUUAAAAAUAAUUUCUUAAUUUAGCAAUGAAAUGUUUACAUAGAUAAGUCCACCCAUCUCCUGAAUAAUUAUGUAAGAGAAGCUUUGAAAUGCUGACAAAAGUUGACUUUUUUCUCUUAGUUCCUUACAUUUAAAUGUGAAAAAACACUUCAUGAGUUUUCUAUAUUUUUCUUGUUGGGCAUUCUGCAGGUAUCUGCUGUAGUAAGCAGGGAGGAUGAAGCCCAACAAAAGGCUUGUGAGUGUGCAGGUAGGAUAACAAGUUGAGAAUUGUUCAUUUAUGUUAUCAACAGCAAGUGGAGCAUCUCAGCAACAUCACUGAAACUGUCACAGAUUGGGUUGCACCAAUAAGCUAAUUGGCCGACAAGUUAAUUGUCUCCUCUUGCUCAGGAGGCAUGCUGUUGAGAGCCAGUCAUUCGCAGAUGGCACGCAGCUAUACAAGCAUACCCAUCCCUUGCUUGUCGAUUCCGCUGUCCAGACUUUGUGCGGGAGUGCAUUGGUGAUGUCAAGUCAUGGAUGCAGCUUAAUGAUGACAAAACGGAAGCACUUUUCCUUCACAAUCAGCUCCAUCCGCCACUAACUCACAGUUAGCAUAACAAAAAUCCUAGUCUGUGCUCUUGUUCUCUCUGGUCUUGACUAUUGAAUCUCUCUUCUAUCAGGUUCACCAAAACAAUUCAUAGAAAAGCUACAAAAGGCUCAAAACUCAGCUGCUAGACUAGUUCUAAAGGCAAAAAAAAAGUGAUGACGUCACUCCAUUGGCUCCAUAUACAGGCAUGCAUUGAUUACAACAGAUCUGUUUACCCUCAAACUCUUAAAAUCGUACAAUAUCAUCAAAACUUCAUUCAAUACAAUAUCUUAAUAGUAAAAAAAAUAAAUAAUAAUACAUUUUAUUUAAUAUAUACACCUCAAAAUCGUACAUUGUACGCCAAAAUCGUAAGAGUAAACAGGUCUGUUACAAGCUGUCUGUCACAACUUUCUCUCGUAUUCCUGCCCUUCCUAUCUAACCGAACUUCUUUCUUUCUAUUCACCCAUUCGACAGCUUUGUUCCUCCGCAGACACGCAUAUUCUGUCUGUUCCCACAACACGCACUUAAACAUACGGUGAGCGAUCUUUCUCUAUCUGCGCUCUGAACAAAGGAAUUCUCCCCCACUACACAUCCGCAAUAUACCGACCAUACAGGCCUUCAAAUCUGCCCUCAAAACACAUCUCUUUAAACUCUACGAUCCCGACUGAUUCCCCCCUCUGACCUAUAAACGAUGCUGCUGGGCGGCGUCCAUCGCUUGACAUGUAAAAGUUCUGGGGUGGGUGGGGGGAAUAUACAUUUGUUUUUGUUUUGUUUUUUAAUUAAAUAAAUGUAUGUUAUUUUUUAAUAUCAUGAUUAUGUUUGCUGAUAUUUUUAUGUACAGCGGGUUGAGCCCAGCCCUAGGCUGGGGUAACACGCUAUUUAAGAACACUAACAAUAAUAAUAACAAUAAUUGGCAUUGAAACAUUGAUAUAUUAUUAUGUAAUAAUAAAUUGUACUGUGAAAAUGUGUUUUGUAAUUAACUAAGUUAUUUAUCAUAAAAUUUCAUAAUUAGACACAAGCUAAUGUUAAAGUUACCAGGGGGUAAAAAUUAAAAUUAUUAUAAUAAAAUAAGGUGAAUAAUUUCAAGCUCCUCUUUGGUUCUUGUUGGACUCGCACCAAGUGAACAGCCUCUGGUAGCCAACAUGGAAAUGUCAAGUUGAAUUAAAUUGUUCAAGUGAGCAGCCUAUAGAUAAUGUAUUUAACGCUAUUGUGAUGAUAUUGUACGAUUUUUAGAGUUUGAGUGUAAACAGGUCUGCAUUGUGUGCACCAUUAUGACCUUGUGUGCACCUUUAUGCCCUUGUGUUUUCAUUGUUGAUCGGAACACUUGCAUCAGAGGCUAACGUCAUCCAAGAUUUGACACAGCAAUCAACAGGAGAAGCAGUUCCUGGGCUACUGGUGUCAUACAUGAGUUCAUGUCAUUCUUCUUUUUAAAAUUACUGCCAGCUGACAUGUUUGUUCUCACCUCUAUUAAAUGAAGCUGUUUACUUUUUUCCAGACAGACUUCUUCAAAAUCUCUUUCAGCAUGUCAACAAUGCUGGUGCCCUUAUAGCUAAUUCAUUUUUAGUUUUCUUGGGCCUACUUAAGGUGAGUUGGCCUGCUUAAGGUGAGAUUAAAGUAAAUACACGCACUUACAAAAUAUGAAUCUGAAAUUUAAAUUUUAUUUGUACAAUAAUAACCAAAGAAGUCCAUUUUCCUAGUACGAUUAUGUGAAUACGUUAUUGUUUUUUUUUCAUAGGUUUGUUAACUCUUUACCUCUAAUUAAUUUCUGAGAUAAAUGUUAGUUAUGAAUCUAUUGCUCAUAUUUGUGUACUUGUCUCAACCAACUAAAGGGGGAAGACAAGAAAUACAAGCCUCCUGCAAGCAUCACUGGAGCAUUGUUGGUACUGGAGCAUGUGGUUAGACAGCCCUAUUUCCCUAAGCUUGCCAGGGAUAUGAUUCAGAUUUUAAUGAGCAAGUAAGUGAAUUAAUUAAUAAUUUUAUCUGUGAAUGGUCCGGCUAUAUGACUCUUUGACAACUGUGAAUGGUCUGGUUCUAUGACAACUCUGAAUGGUCCAGUUCUAUGACAACUGUGAAUGGUCCAGUUCUAUGACAACUGUGAAUGGUCCAGUUCUAUGGCUCUUUGACAACUGUGAAUGGUCCAGUUCUAUGACAACUGUGAAUGGUCCAGUUCUAUGACAACUGUGAAUUGUCCAGUUCUAUGACAACUGCGAAUGGUCCAGUUCUAUGACAACUGUGAAUGGUCCAGUUCUAUGACAACUGUGAAUGGUCAGAUUCUAUGGCCCUAUGACAACUGUGAAUGGUCAGAUUCUAUGGCCCUAUGACAACUGUGAAUGUUCUUGUUUUAUGGCCCUAUGACAACUGUGAAUGGUCCAGGUCUAUGGCCCUAUGAGCCAACUGUGAUUAAUGUCAUGCCCAUCAUAUUUGCCUCGCAUUUAUAAUCACUAGUAACAACAAAUAAAUACUUUUUAUUCUCAACAGGCCACAUCCUAUACUGGAAAAAUCAUCUGAAGCCAGGCAUAAAUUGUUACAGACCUUAUAUGCAUUUUAAUUAUGGACAUAAAUUAAUUUACUUAUCAACUAGAAAAUAAUAAUUUGGUUAUAAAAUAAUAGUUUUGUUUAUUAUUGCUAUUGUUUCUUGAUAUAUUUUUUUUAAAUUUGAGGUCACAGCUAGAAAAUAGAUUGAUUUAAACAAACAUUUAAAUGUAGGCACUUAAUUAUUAUUCCAUGUUUUCGUCUCAACUCUCUUAGGGUAUGUAUUAAUUAUGAUAAUCUCUGUACCGGGUACUGGUUUUAAUUUUAAGACAUUAAGUGCCAACAUAUUUUAUAGUAUUGUCAGAAAAAUAAGAGGUGAAUAUGGACAAUUUUUACAAUAUAUUAUCUAUUGUAUUUCUUUUAUAGAUAUUUUUUCUUCUGAGAAGGAAAAACAAAUAAAUAUGAUUCAAAUUAGGUCAUAUGUGAUUGAGGUUUGAUUUCUUGAGGCUCGUGUUUGCAAAUUGAUUGUAUUUAAUUUAAAAUAAUCACUUGCGAUAAUUUAAAUUGCUAGUUAAUGUAUUUAAUUUGUUUUAAAUUUCAAUUUAUUCAAAAUUAAAUUGAAACUAAAUUUACAAUAAGUGCUAGUAAUGCUGAGAAAUGGUGUUUUGGCUUUUGAAAACUAUUUUGAUGUUCAUGGAAAAACGGUUGUAUUCCUACAUUUGUUCUAACCUUGUUUAAGUUGGUCCCUCUGAUCCACAUCAAAUAGAUCCUUAGGACACAAGUUGAAUUGAAACAACUUCUUUAAGGAGUUUCAAUGUGGCUAAUCUUUGUUAUUAGUAUUUCUAGUUUAUUUGGGGUUAAAGUUAUCUUAAUAAUAAAAAACAGGAACAGAUAUGUAUUUUGUAUUUUCUCUGCAAAAAGUUUUUAAGAUGUUUUUGUAAAUAUUGUGGCAGAGACACUUAAAUUAUAUUAUUAUCACGACUGGAAUCGUCAGUUAAUGCUUUCUUCCCUAGGUUAUAAAUAUAAUGAAUACCUGUACAAAUAGUUAUUUGAAAUAGAAUUUAUUGUUACCCAAUGCUUCGUUAUCAACCAGUACUAGUACCACUGUUAAGUUUCUCAGUUUCUGAAUCACAUGACAAACUCGUUAUUUUGACAUAUUAUCAUGGAGUGAUGAUAAGUUUUUAUUGACAAUGAAAUGCAUCAAUGCCACUAAAAAGUUUGAGUGUAGCAUUACGCAGACUUACUACCAUGAAAUUACUACAUUGAAACAAAUAAAUAUGUUGAUUAAAUGAUUGAUUUGUUGUCAGUUUAGCACAAUACAUAAUCUUUCUUUUUAAAAAGAAACAAGCAUGCAAUUGGUAAAAUAAUUUCUAACAUUUUACACUGUCAUGAUCUCUAUCAAAUGUUUUUUACAUUUUGAACUUCACAGCAGAAUAUGAUAACUCACUUUUCAUAAUUCUCAAUUUUUGUGGGAUGGAUAGUUUUUUAAAAAUUUCCCAAGAUUAUUUAAUAAUGGUAUG